AUGAACAAGAAAUUAGCUAGCAAUCUUGAUGAAUUACAGCAAGAAUUAACACGAAUCACGGAACGUCAUGAGCGUUUCAAGUUGGAAGCUGAACAUCGGCUUCAUGAGGUACAAUCUGAGGGUAAUAGUUUUACCAUCGCUCGUAAAUUUAAUCGACGCCAGACUCUGACUAAGCUUUCGCUGACGGAAUCACCAGAUGCGGAUACUCCUCCCUUCAGUCUCAUUGCUAAAUACUCGACAAUUCAGGAUGCCGAAAAAGUUGAUAAGAGAGGAAGCGGAGAUGAUGCUGAAUCGGAUCAGCCGGCUCAGCUUUCAGAAUUGAUCACUAUCGAUAAGGUGGGGCAUUACGAUGGCGAAAAGGAGUCUAGCAUUUUAGAUCGACUUGAGUUUCCUGCAAAUCCCGUUGUUGAUUCAGGUGUGCCAAAGGAACCCCUUGGGGCUGACCACCCCCUAGGAGCUGAUAAUUCACCUGCACCGUUUAACUCUCAGCCACAUAAACUAAUCACCAAAGAACAUAUGUAUGCUGACCAAAAGAUCAAAUUACAUUUCAACAAGGUUCCUGACGCCCUGAAAAUAGAUGAUAUAGGUGGUGAGCAUUUUAUUGCUCUGCCAGAAGAGAAUGAGUGCAAGCGUCAAAAAAGCGAGGAUGAUAGGUAA